GGUUGGCGUGUGGGGAGGCGGGAGCGCCCUGAGGUGAGGGGAGCGGAGGCGGUGGCGGUGCGGGAGCGGGCUCGCCGCGCUUUGGGGUAGGCCGCGGGGGCCCGGCCAUGGGGCUGUUGACCGAGCUGGCCCGCGGCCUAGUGCGGGGCGCCGACCGCAUGUCCCCCUUCACCAGCAAGCGCGGCCCGCGGACCUACAACAAGGGCCGAGGCGCCCGGAGGCCGGGCGUGCUCACCUCCAACAGGAAAUUCAUCCGCAUCGAGCAGAUGGUGCCGCAGUUCAUCGUCCCCGACCUGGAAGGCUUCAAGCUCAAGCCCUACGUCUCGUACCGCGCCCCCCUGGGCUCCGAGCCGCCCAUGACGGCCAAGCAGCUCUUCACCGAGGUGGUGGCUCCCCACAUCGAGAAGGACGUGAAGGAAGGCACUUUUGACCCCAACAACCUGGAGAAAUACGGCUUCGAGCCCACGCAGGAGGGCAAGCUCUUCCAGCUCUUCCCCAAGAACUACGUGCGGUAGCGAGGAGGGAGUGAGACCCGGGGGCUGCUGGGGCGCAGGGGGCAGAGCAUCGCCGUCCUGGGAGACACAGCCUGCACCAGCAAACGUGGGACAGCUAUUAAAAGCAAAUCCUUCCA